UAAAACGGAGUAUUUAUUUCACUCAAGAAUUUUUUUUUUGUUUCUAUAUUACAUGACAGAAGAGAGUAACAAGAAAAGAAGAGUAGACUAUACCUGUCAUUAUUGCGAUAAGACUUAUAGAAAACCAAGUAAGCUGACUGAACAUGAAAGAUCGCAUACAGGAGAGAGACCAUUUGUAUGUACAUUUCCAAGAUGCGAAAAAGCCUAUUUCAGAUCUACUCAUUUAAAAGUACAUGAAAAGAGUCAUUACAACAUCAAGGACUUCCACUGUUCAUUUGAAAAUUGUGAAGCUUCUUUUUCUACUCGACAACACUUGCAACGCCAUGAAAAGAUUCAUAUCUCACCACUUAUCAAAUGUGAUUAUCCAGGCUGUUCUGCUGAAUUCACAAAGCGUUUUCAGUUACGUUGGCAUAGAGCAAGUCAUGAAAAAGGAGCCCAUGUGUGUCCUGUCUGUUCAAGUGCGUUUGAUUCAUUACCUCAACUAGAAAAGCACAAAGAUAGAAUGCAUGAUAAUCCUGUUGUUUAUCAUUGUAGUACAUGUCAAGAUACAUUCAAUAAAUGGUCUGAAUUAAGAAAGCACUCACUAACUCAACAUCCUGCUACAUGUUCCAUAUGUCAUAAAACCUAUUCAAAACCAAGUACACUUAAACAACACUUUAGAGAGAAGCAUACAGAACAAGAAAAAGUAACAUGCGAAUGGCCUGGUUGUGAAUCUGUUCUUCAGACAAAAAAGAGCUAUAAGAUGCAUAUAGCAUUAGUCCAUGAACAAGAUACCCGAUUCAAAUGUGAUCAAUGCAAUAAAGGGUUUCCUUAUAAAUCCAUGUUAGAACGCCAUAAAGGAUCUCAUACACCUGUAAGUCCACUACAUGCUAACAUCAUUACUUAACCGUCUAUAGAAAUCACCAAUUCCAUUAAAAAAGAAAAAGAAAUCCAUAGCAGAACAGUUAACAGGAUAUCAUCAUUAUACUCAAAAAGAAAGCUUAGCAUGUCCCUUUUCAGACUGCCAAUUCAAAUUUACCAACAAAUACCUACUUCAACGCCAUUUAGAAGGCAAACAUCAUACAGAAGAUGUCAAAUCAUUUGCACUUUUGCUUCCUAUCGCUAAUAAAC